AUGACGGAGCCUAUCGAAGAAUUAAGGCCAAACCUUACCUAUCCUGAAAGAUUUAUCAGGAUAGGAGAGCAACGGGAACGGGUGCUUAAGAAUCACACCAGCCCACAAGUUCAAGUGUUAUGGGGAAGGCAGAACAGACAAGUGAUAACAUGGGAAGAUGAGGAAUCGGUCGGCGCGAGCAGUAGCCGAUCUCGACCGCGAGUUGAGGCUACCGAACAACUGGCUACAGAGACUCGCGAAACAGGAGCUCGAACUGGGCCAAACGUCGAUGGUAUCGAUCACGAGAUCGAAGAGAUCGAGGAACUUGAAGAAAAUCCUGAGGAAGACACUACCGAAGCAGGAGUCGCCGAGGAUAAUCUUGAAGCAGUGAACCAUGCUUUGCCGCCACUUCCGAGGCGAAAAGUUGUUCGUCCGCAUAACGUGCCAUCUUGUUCUCUCUCUCCGGGUGCCGUUCGAGCCGUACUCGAGGAGAACGGGCUUUCAGACAAGGUCAUCUUCAUUAUACCGGAAGCUGGAGAUCGACCAUGGGACGUUCCUGAAGGUUUCCUUUGCAUCUACCUGAUGUUUUUCACUCAGUGCGGGCUCACCCUUCCGAUUCCUUCUCGUCUACUUGGCUACUGCAAUCGUCACGGCGUAGUUCUCACGCAGGUGAUGCCGGCCUCAAUAACGAACUACGUAGGAUUCGUUACCUUAUGCGACGAGCUCGGCGAAAUCCCAACCAUUCGGCUGUUUGAAGACCUCUUCUCGGUCAACAUCCACAAAUCUAAGGAAUGGUUCUUCGCAGCGAACGCCAAGCCAAGAAAGAACAUUGUUACUGGGGCUAAGCCCAGUCGUCAUCUCCCGAGCAUUAUUCUUAACUCCGGACUCACAUCUGAAUUCGAAGCAGCUUUCAGCGAAGCCGGUAAACGUCGUUGGCCUGAAGUGUGGGAAGAGAUUCUUCAGCGCCGAGCUAAGAAAGCAGCUUCUGUCGGAGAACCGAAACCGCGGAAGCCAAAAGCUCGAGCUAACAAGCCCCGAGCUGCUCCAAGACGCAAAGCACCAAAACCGCAGGCUAAACGACCUCGAACUGCCAGGAUGCUUUCGCUGGAAGAGAUCCCAACUCUGUUCGGCGAAGAGGAGCCGAACGACGCGACUCCGAACCCCGUUCCUGCUACCGAAGAGGUUAGGGAACAACCUGAAGAACCGCCGCUCGCUGCGAACUCACCUGACCACAAUGGUCAGAAAAAGCUGAAGAAGAAAAAGUCCUCGAAGAAGACUAAGAGGAUUGAAGACUCUUCUCGGGCGCAGGACGCUCCCGCUGAGCUCGAGGCACCGACGGCUGUGGCGUCAGACCUCGCUCUUUUUCAAGAUCGAGCUGAGGCUUCUCAUUCUCGAAAGAGAAAAGCUGGAGACCGCACCGAGGGUUCUCCAGAGCCAGAGCCAGCGAAGAGGGCGAAGGUCUGCUUCGACUACGAUGAGGAGACUCCUUUCGAGGAGAACAUCGAUGCCUGCGCCGAACUCUACCAUAAGAUCUCUUCUCAGGUCCCGAGUCUCCCGGCAGUGGCUGAGCUCCGUUUCCCCAAUAUGUACAAGGGGAUCGCACGUACAACUGCCGUGCUCGCCAGUCAGACCAACAACUUGGUCGCGGCGUAUGAAGUCGCACUGUAUGACGAGCAGGUCAGGAUUGCCGAGCUUGAGGAGAGGGUCGUCAAAGUGGAAGAGCGCCUUGCUACCGAGCUCCAAAUCAAUGACACUCUCCACUCCUCGGUCGAUCUGCUGAAGCAAGAGAGCGCGGAGUUGAAAGCGGUGAGAAAGGAGCUUACCGAGGCUCAGAGCAUGCUUGUUCAGGAGUUCGAGAAAGACCGGGAGCGGCUGAGGGACUUGGUGACCCACUGGAAGGCUCACCGGAUUCUCGGCUUCAUCAAGCAGCUCAAGAAGAAAGGUUUGUACGAGGUCCCGCCUGAGAUGGUAGCUGACAUCGAGGCAAAGCACGCCAAAGCUCUAGAAGAUUUCCGUUCGGUCGACGCUUGCGUCCUUACUGAAGAGGACAAGCGAAUGUCUCCGUUUUCGGAGGAAGACGACGCGCCGGCCGUGAACGUGACUCAGAGUGCUCAUGACCCGGUGGUAGGCGAGCAGUUCGGUUCGAACGAGGACAUGCUGAACGCCGAUCAAGCUGCAACCUCAAAGACCGCUUAG